AUGACAUCAACAGCAUUGCCUCCACUCCCAUUUAAAGUGAAAACUAUUGUGUCAUGGGCAGGUGAAGAAGAAGGAGAUUUGGGUUUUAUGGAGAAUGAAAUUGUGCAAGUUUUUUCCAUUGUCGAUGAAAGUUGGUGGAGUGGGAAAUUACGAAGGAAUGGUGCUGAAGGGAUAUUCCCUAAGGACUAUGUGACAGUUUUGGAAGAUAAAUUGAACCAUUCCAUGUCAUCCUUGUCAUUGCAAGAUGGACGAACUACUCCAACGAAACAAGUAGACGACCACAGCAGAAGAAGUGCUGGGACAACCCCACUUGGGAAUUUCUCCAAAUUGAAAACAAGUCAAAGUUUUGCCAACGAUUCAAUAGAGUAUGACCAGGACCAUAGUUUUAACCAAAGCUUUGAUGACAGAUAUUCUAAAACAUUUACACCAACAAAGGGAAAUGUUCGAUCUUCCAAAUACAUGCUGUCUUCAAUGAAUCACCCGAAAAACAAAUUGACUUAUCAACAGCAAGAAGAGUUAUUGAGACAAAAGGAAAAGGAAAUCGAAUAUUUUAGAACCAUGCAACAACAGCAAAGUUAUCAGGUCAAACCUAAAGUCAAUGAUUCCAAACGGUUAUCAUUUCAACAUGCACAUCAUAGUAGUCCAGAUGUUGCAUCUAGACUUCAUCAAUUGGAUUAUACAUCGCCGACAAGCUUGAAAUCACCAUCUUAUGGUGAUGUACCACAUUCUCAAACUGGUAAAUAUCAACAUUUGUUAAACAAUUUUGUUGCUGCACCAGAUGCCACGCCUACGAAAACUAGUAAGCGGGCUACCAUGGCUUCUUUUGAACCAGAGUAUCCUGAUGAAUUUGACGAGAUUGCUAAAAAGAAGGCACAGUUAGAAAUUGAAUUGGAGAGAUUAAAACAGUUGGAAAAGUUAUCUAAAAAGACUGCAAUGAAAAGUCCUAUUCAUAAAGAUAGUGGGUCAGUCAAUUCAUAUUCCGGGACUGAUGACACUUCCAAGAAAAAUUCAUCAAAGGAUGACUUGAGCAAAAAGCUUUCCAGGUAUGUAACUGAUGAAGAUGAAGCUGGCUACGAUUUGCAGUACUCGCCAAGUGGUGGUGAUGAGUCACCACCCCCACCUCCACCUCCAAAACAUAUUACACCAAAUAAAACUUAUGGUUACGUGAGAGAUGAUCACGUAAAUAAGCCGGUACCUCGUGUUCCAUUUGAUGCCGAUGAUUUUAGAAUAUCUACCAACUCUCAAGGAGUAGCAGAUGAAGAUGCUUACCUCAAGCUAUCUUUAAAACAAGAAGAAUUGAAAAAUUCUAUCAAAUCUUUGCAAAGUGACGUUUUGAAUUUGUCGGAAUUAAGUGCUACAAGUGCUGGCUCUUUCCUUAGACAUAAAUACGAAAGAGAUUUGCAAGCUAGUCAAUUGAGUCUAGGUCACAUUUCAGUAGAGGAACAUCAUGAAGAGGAACAGGACAAAACAUCGGAUGUUAUGGAAACUGUUUUCCAAGACAAGAAACCCAAGCAGUCCAAUAUAUUUAAAAAAUUGUUAAGGAAAAAUCAUGAUGAUAUUCAUCCAAUAGAAAGAACCAUUCAAAGACAGGAGCAAAUUGAUUGGGCAACGUUCAAAUCGGAUAUAAACAGAAUGAAUUCGCUAACAUCUCAUGAUAAGCAAAGUAGGACUAAAAGAGUAGUUAGACAAGACGGGUCAUUAAUUGUUAAACCAUUGGAUUUUAUAUCUGAGAUAAACACUAAUGAAACUGUUGGUCCUGAAGAUGAUGAGCUUGACUUGGAAAAGGUGCAAUAUGGUAAAAUCGAUACAUUCAUGCUGAAUUAUGAUUUGAGUUAUGAUUUAAAUGAAUUGAUUUCUGAUAUUUCAAUCAAAUUUCAUUCUUCAGUUAUCAAUCAAGUCCGGUGCAUUUUAGUACAUUUAUGCAAGUUUGAAAUUAUUGAAGAGACGUCAAAGAUUCUGCAACAAAAGCCAAAGUUAUCUGAAAUUCAACAUAGUGGUAAAGCAACUAUUUUUCAAAUUAAUUAUAUUUUCAAAAAAAUAUUAGACGCAUUAAAGAUUCCCUGCGAAGUUGUCCUAGGGUUUUGGAAAAAACCAAAUGAGUUUUAUCAUAAUGAACAAUACGUAAUAAACCAUUGCUGGCUUUCUGUUUUAGUUGAUAACAAUUUUAGAAUAAUGGAUAUUUAUAAUUUUAAAACUACAUCUGUGUGCAAUUUACGACAACAAAAGCUCAACGAAUUUUAUUUCCUUGCUGAGCCAUUGAGUUUGGUGUCAACACAUAUUCCUUGUAUCAUUGAUUUGCAACACGUUGUCCCACCUAUAGAUCCAAACAUUGCAUUCUAUUUACCCCGCACGUAUUCAGGUUUCUACAAAAACGGAUUGGCAUUUAGAAAUUUCAAUAAUGCAUUGACUAGAAUCAAUGACUUGGAGAUUUUUGAGUUAGAACUCGACAUCCCUACCACUGUUGAACUUUUCACCCUUGUGAAAACCGCAAGAGCAACUACUAACGAAUUAAGUUUGUGUCAAAUUAAAUGGGUCAAUCACAAGCGUGUUGCUAAAAUCAAAGCAGUAUUGCCCGAAAAGGAAUCAGUGGGUGUUUUGCAAAUAUUUGCUGGCCCCAAGGGGUUGCAAAAGCAUUUCGACAAUAUUCAUGAAUUAGCAAUUGUGAUUCCAUUAUCUCAUGAAGGUACAUCUAAACCAACCAAAUUUGUACAAAGAUUCCCCACUGUGCAGAGUCAGAAAAAUGAUUUGUACAUAACGAAGCCACAGACCAGUAAAAUAGUUUCCAAUAAUAUGUAUAAUUUUGAGAUCGAACAAUAUCCUUCUAAAGGGUUGAAUUCAGGUUCUGGUUUAAUGAAUCAAGAUUUCAAAUUGGUCAUUGAGUCACCUUCUGGGAAAUACUAUAAAUUGAAUAAAGAAGAUUAUUCCAAACCAUACGGAUUAUACUCACUAAAUAUCAAGUGCCAGGAGAUGGGGUUGUAUAGAGGACUAGUUAUUGGAGAUAGUGGUACUAGUUGGUAUGUUUUCGCUCAAUGGGAAUGCAUAGGUAGCACAGUUGCAAAUUAA